AAUUAAAUUUUUGUUUAAUUUAUUAUUAAUGUCUACGUAUGUUCUUCCAAUUGCGUACAUGUAUUCUAUACAUGUGUCAUAAAACUACCCUGCCACUUUGUUACCGCCUGCAGUGCCUGUUGCUGACCGUAGUUGCUAAUUUUAGACCACCCGGCUUUGUUUAUUUGCCUCGGGGGGUCCUUUGUUUAUUGGGUUGGUCAGCAGCGCUAGUCUCGGGAUACUGUGCGGUAAUAUUACGUAACCAUGAGUUGUUAGUUCCAUCGGGUCGCCUUGGCACUUUUUCUCUAUUUAAAAGGGGUCCCGAUGGAUCUUGGCAUGUUGGCAUGGCACCAACCAAUCAGAGGCCGUGAGGGAAUUCUAAAUUUGCGCCCACUUCCCUCUCUCUCUUCACUUUCUUAGAAUUAGUCGAAGGGCAAGGCCACGCCAUUUUCCUUAAAAUUUUCUCUGUUUCCUGUGAUAAUUCAACUUGCGGCCCUUCGACUAUAAGAUUUUAUUCAUUGCUAUUAGCAUGAUCGUUCACCAUGGCAGAAGAACGUUUUGUAAGGCAGUAUUUUGACAUUCCGCAGUGGUACGUUUUCGCAGAACAUGAAGUAAGCAGACUCAACGCCAUUAUUCGUGAGAACGUGCCUAGCCAGAUUAUUUCGUGCAUCUUACUGGACUGCUCGGCUAUGUGCAAUUCGUGUAUUUUUUGUGAUCCAGAGAUCAAUGUCCCUAUGACCUGUGGCGCUAUAUCGAGGCCGACAAGAUCGUGUUAAAUAUACAAACUAUUGACAGUGACGAUGGCAGACCUAUCCGCCGAUAUAGAGGAAGUCACGCAAUGGGCGGCCUCCAAAAAACUUUCAGUAGACACUGUUAAAACACUUAUAGCGUAUGGAUACGAGUCAAUGGACGCCUUGGAGACUCUUACCCCAGAGGACAUUUCGAAGGCGAAAAUCCCCGUGGGCCAAAUGAAACUUUUACUUAAGGCAGUCCGCAACACGUUUCGUGCCGAGGACGCACCAUCUCCUGUGGCCGCACAACAAACACCGAACACCAGUGCCGACACCGCCGCCGCUACCUCGACCCCAAACGACCUCGCUACUGCGGUGAACUCGGAGACGUGUGACGACGCUUUCGUCCGCGUGGUGAUGGACCAGAUGAGGGCCAGCCAAGCAAACAUCGCCAAGUCCGUCGUACCAGAGCCCCUACGGAACCAGGAGCUGCCUCCAGAAAUUCAAGGUGGGUACUCUUGGCAAGAUCCCCAAGUUCAUUUAAAAUCAUUAAGUGCCAGCAGCAAUUCUACAUGUAGCAAUCAUUUAGAUAUUGUAGACUUUGUUAAUGUUGGAGGGGCACAUCAGUCUGAGAAAGUAAUGUCUGAUAAUUCUGGUUUUCAAAUCAUUUGUCGUAGCGGACCCAACAAACCAAAAUUAGAAAAUUUAACCCUCUGUCAUUGGUCAACUGCCAAUUUGGCAAUUUUGCACAAAUUAGUUGAAGAUGGGGUACUUCCCCAGGCGCAGAUAUUUGAUUAUUUGUCUCACACCUCACGUAUUUACCGCCUGGUAUCCUCACACGAAUUGGUGUCUGUGUUCAUGUACGAUAGAGAGUAUAGACGCUUGCAACAUUUACAUAAGUUUCGCUGGGGUACUAGUGUAUCCCACUUAGCUGAGGAGUAUCUGCGCCUAAGGAAUCAUGCCCCAGGUAUAUCUCAGACUGGUGUGGUCCCUCAUAAAACUAAGGAUCGCCUUAGGGGUACUAGCACAAUGGCCUCCCACACAGCUCAGGGAAAAGAAAUAUGUCGACGUUUCAAUUCAAAAAAUGGAUGUUUUAUUAAAAAGUGUAAAUUUGAGCAUGUGUGUGGGAUACCAGGGUGUAGUGCCCCCCAUCCUAUCUCCGGUCACUCAAAAAACUAAUACACCCCAAGCCCACGAUGAGGCUCAAAUACAAAGCCUGGGAAGAUGAAUUAAAAUAUGAUCCAGAUAAAAUUUUUUUGCUUUCUGGUAUCAAAUAUGGGUUUGAUAUUAUUGACCCAAAUGCUGAUCCUAGUCAGGCUAGUUGUAAUAAUCACCCUAGUGCUCAACCUAAUAGCCCCCUUUAUGCUAAGGCUACUGAACAAAUAAAUAUAGAAAUUCAAAAUGGCAAUUAUAUAGAAACACAUGAGCCACCUGUGAUAAUUAGCCCCCUGGGUGUCAUCCCAAAACCUGAUGGGGGUGUAAGACUCAUUCAUGACUGCAGCCGACCUCAGGGUCUCUCUGUCAAUGACUAUGUUUCUAACAAAGACAAACAUAAAUAUAGCUCUGUUGACUCAGCAUCUAAGUUAGUACACAAGGGAUAUUACAUGGCUAAGGUUGACCUUAAAAGCGCUUAUCGCAGUGUUCCUAUUAGUACAAAGAGCCAACUAGUUAC